GGGCUCUGCCCAGGACCUAAUGUGUUGCUGAACCAGCAAAACCCUCCAGCUCCUCAGCCCCAGCAUUUGGCUAGAAGACCUGUGAAAGACAUCCCUCCUCUGAUGCAGACCCCUAUCCAGGGUGGAAUUCCGGCCCCGGGGCCCAUGCCAGCUGCAGUUCCUGGACCUGGUUCUUUAACUCCUGGUGGAGCUCUGCAGCCCCAAGUUGGAAUGCCAGUGGUUGGUCCUGUGCCUUUGGAGCGGGGACAGAUGCAGAUGUCGGAUCCUAGAGCUCCUAUGCCACGUGGACCCAGGACUGCUGGUGGACUACCUCCUCGAGGGUUGUUGGGAGAUGCUCCAAAUGACCCGCGUGGAGGGACUUUGCUUUCAGUCACUCACACUGGAGAAGUGGAGCCCAGGGGCUAUCUUGGGCCACCUCAUCAGGGCCCCCCCAUGCACCAUGCCCCUGGUCAUGACGGCCGUGGCCCUUCCUCACAUGAGAUGAGGGGAGGGCCAAUCACUGAUCCCAGAAUGCUAAUUGGAGAGCCCAAAGCACAGAUGAUAGAUCAAAGGGUUCUACCUCUGGAUGGUAGAGGUAAUAGAGACUCUCAAGGGAUGAAGACCCGAGCCAUGGAAACUGAGGUCUUAGAGGCACGAGUGAUGGAGAGAAGAGGAAUGGAGACCUGUGCAAUGGAAGCCAGAGGCAUGGAUGGAAGA